AUGGACGAAACGUCGGCCUUCUACUCGGCGGACGGUGACCUUCUGAUCGUCGCUCAGGACGGCGUCCUUGAUAUCCGCACUGAGUUGGGGUGGCUGCUAGUUAGGCCGAUGGAGAUCGCCGUAAUUCCACGCGGUGUAAAGUACCAGGUCCACCUUCCUGAUGGACCUGCUCGUGGUUACGCCCUGGAGCUGUAUCAGGGCCACUUCAACCUGCCAGAGCUAGGUCCAAUUGGUUCCAAUGGUCUUGCCAAUGCACGAGACUUCCAGGCACCUGUAGCGAGUUUUAGCGAGGACUACGGGACUGUCGCGUUCGACGGGCCAACGACGUAUUCAGUGACCGUCAAAUUCAACAACACACUUUAUACAACCCAGCAGCCGCACACACCCUUUGACGUGGUAGCCUGGCAUGGGAACUACUACCCAUACAAGUACGACUUGGGGCGCUUCAACACGAUUGGCAGCAUCAGCUUCGACCACCCGGAUCCGAGCAUCUUCACCGUGUUGUCUGCACCCUCGGAGCACCCAGGCACUGCUGUUGCCGACUUUGUCAUCUUUCCGCCGCGCUGGCUCGUCGGCGAGGACACCUUCCGGCCCCCCUGGUAUCAUCGCAACACCAUGAGCGAGUUCAUGGGCUUGAUUCGCGGAGGCUAUGAUGCUAAGAAGGGCGGAGCGGGCGGGUUUGUUCCCGGAGGGGCGAGCCUCCACAAUGUGAUGAGUGGCCAUGGUCCCGAUGCGGACAGUUACGAGGGGGCCAGGAAUGCGGAGCUAAAGCCCGCCAAAGUCGGCGCAGGCAGCUGUGCGUUCAUGUUCGAGAGCUGCUUGAUGGUAGGAGUCACAGACUGGGGUCUGAAGACAUGCGCGAAGGUGCAGGAGGAGUAUAACGAGGAAAGCUGGGGGUCCGUAAAAGUGCAUUGGCGACGGCCAGAGGGAACACAGGAUGACGGGCACCUGCUCAAAUGA